AUGACUCUAUCCAAGUUUGAUAGUCUUCCACCUGAAUUAAUCGUAGAAAUAAGUGAUUAUUUAGAUGGAUGCGAUCUGUAUUACGCAUUUUAUGGAAUAAGUCUACGUAUUAACACAAUACUCAAUCAACAAUGUCACCGACUUCACGUAAGUUUUAUUCGUAUAUCAAAAAUAAAAUUCGAUUUAUAUUGCAAUCUUAUUCUACCACGUAUGAGUGCUCAUAUUGUCUCGUUAAAAUUAUGUGGUGAUAAUUCAUCAACACCUGGUCAACUUACACUAUUCUUAACCCGUUUUAAUGCUUUAGCAAGUGUUUUUAUCAAACUUGAAUCAUUUAAAUUGAUUGAUUAUACUAAAUCGGAUGUGGAAAUUCUUGUACCUCAUUUUUCUAUGUUAUCUCAACUGAAGUGCUUGUCAAUUGGAGAAUAUAAACGUUUAAUGCCAUUUACUAUACAUACAAAUGAAUUGUUCAAUGAAAAUGUGAUACUGCCUAUCUCAUUGCGUAGUUUAGCGUUUCCAUAUGAAGUUUCAAAUGAAUGGAUUCAAACAUCCAGUAUAACAACAUCAUUCGUAGAACAAUUACAUGUUCAUCAUAUUCAUAUAAAUGCAUUGCAUUCAUUUUUACAAAGUUUUUCUUAUUUGAAACGUUUAACUGCUGUUAUAACAGGUUUUAAUCAAAAUAAUUUACCAGUGAAAAAUAAUUUUCAAUCUAAUGUUAUAUUACACAAAUUACAAUAUUUAAAUGUAAAUAUUACACAACAAUUACUGUUUGAUGAUUUUGCUUGGAUUCUUAGAAACUUGACUGAACUUCAAUCAUUAUCACUUGAAGCACUCAAUCCUGACAUCGGUUUUUUAGAAGCUCAUCGCUGGGAAACAGUUUUACCAACAAAGCUUUCUUCAUUUCGCUUUGACUUGACCAUGGCAUUACCGACAAAUCCUGAUCAUCUUCAACUAUUAGAACCAUUCAAAAGUCAAUAUUGGGUGUCUCGAUGUUGGUUUGUUCAAUGUCGUUUACGAGAUCGUGGUCGUUUUUUCCGCUUAUCUACUAUUAAAUCACCUAUAGUCACGAUUCUCAACUGGCCUGAUGAUGAGGUUUUACUUGAUUCACCAUCUACAACAGUAUAUUCGAAUGUUACUCAUAUAGAACUAUGGUGGAAUUUAUCGAAAUCAGCUCAAGCAAUAUGUCCUAAUGUGCGUUCUAUUCAAUUUUAUGGUGCUGUUAAUGAUCAAAAUGAAGCUGUUCAUCCAAAUAUUGUUGAUAUUUUACAAAAUUCAUCACUUAAACAUAUUAUUAUAAAUGACAACCUACCAAUCAAUCAUAUUAGGUUUGCAACGAUUCUCUGUAAGUCAUCAAAUAAUAUUCAGAUGUUGACUUGUUCGGCUAAUUGGUUACUAUUUAUGUUAGAAUAUAAACAAUAUGAAUGGAUUUGUCUAUUAACAACAAUGCGUAUUCGAAAGUUAGUUGUUAAUAGUGAUGAACAUGUUUUGUCUAAUACGAAUCUAAUUGCAUUCUGCCGAACCUUUAUUAAUUUGCAAGAAAUAACAAUGAAAAUGGAAACAACAGAAGAUAUGUUUUUUCUUUUAAACACGCUUGAAAAUUUAACUAUGGCAAAUAUUGAAUUACCCAAUAUUGUUCUCGGUAAUAUCACUGAUAAUAUGAGAUUAAUUAAAGACAAUACAAUACUUGUCGAUUUUGUCAUUCGUAAGCAAGUUACUUCAUUAGAUACUUGCAAAUUAAUUUUAUGGAUUGGUCCACGUCACAAUUCAGAUCUUGCACGAACAAGAAGUGAUCGAUAUUUGCAACAUCCAAUUAUUCAUCAAUAUAUGCAGUAG